UUUAAUUCAUUGUUUUCUUCUGUCUUUUCAGCUGCUGCUCCGAACCAAAACCUACCGAACCCUCGAAUUACGGAACAUCCACAGGAUGACUACCUAUCCCCUAAUAACCCGGAAACUCUUGACUGUCGGGCAGAGGGUGACCCGAAACCCACCAUAACCUGGUACCACAACAGCGAACGUGUUAUAACAUACCCUGAAAAUCCUACGACUCCAAAAAUGUUGAUCGAAGACAGGAAAUUAUUUUUUCUGAGCGUAACCCAUAACAGGAAGGAAUCGGACGUUGGAGUAUAUUAUUGCAACGCAACAAAUAUACACGGCAGUGCAAUAAGUCGAAAUGCAACUCUUAAAAUCGCUGUUUUAAAAGAUAAUUUCCGGGAAUCUCCUUCUGGACAAUCAGCAGCUGUUGGCGAGACUGUGACGUUUCACUGUCAGCCACCAAAAGGGGAGCCGGAACCAACGAUAUUGUGGCUUAAAUCUAGUGAACAAAUUCAAACGGGAAGCAGCAACAACCGCUUCCAGGUCAAACCCAACGGUGACCUUGUCAUCACGUCCACGCGGAAACGGGACGCAGGAAUUUAUAAAUGUAUCGCUAGCAACAAAGCUGGCGAACGGGAGAGCAACCCAGCUACACUCAAGGUUUUAGAAAAGCCAAGCUUCAGACGAUACCCGGUUGACGUCACAACGACUGAGGGUAAAACCAUUGAGUUCCCAUGUGAUGUGAUCGGGGAUCAGCCUCUGAAUGUAGAAUGGAAGAAGGAGGGAGGGGUAAUUAAAUACGGAAGAAUGCGAAAAAUGCCAGAUCAUACGUUGAGAAUCGAGGAUGUUGAGUCCAGCGAUGCCGGAACGUAUAUCUGUGUGGCGACUAAUGCCGUAGGAACCACCGAGGCUGUAGCAACUCUCACCGUACAAUUCAGACCUGUGUUUAUCGUAAAGCCACAGGAUAAGCAUGUAGCGGUUGGACGGACAGUGACACUCCCCUGCGCUGUGAUGGCGAACCCUAUCCCCAAUAUAUAUUGGAACAAGAAGCGAUCACUCAGUACAUCCAGUAAAGAAAGCCUGAUGUUUCCAAAUUUUGAGGAGGGACGGUACGCAGUAGCGACAGACGGGACCCUGAGGAUCACGCGGGUACAGAUGGAGGAUGCUGGGGACUACGAGUGUGAGGCUCUAAAUACCCUGGGUAUCAUUACUGCCCGGGUCACUCUCACUGUUAGAGAACGUGAUCCCCGCCCUCCACCCAUAAUAGAGAUUGGACCACAGAAUCAAACACUCCCUACAGACGAGGUUGGCUUUCUCCGUUGUAAGGCUACUGGACUGCCGUUGCCACGGGUACAGUGGUUUAAAGAUUCAUACCCUGUAAAAAGUGAUCCGAGGAUAAUGAUGCUGAAUUCUGGAACGCUUCAGAUCUCAGAUUUGCGGGAGUCGGACAGUGGAACAUACACAUGUAAGGCUACCAGCGAGACAGGGGAGACAACCUGGUCAGCUGCUCUGCAGGUGGAAGCCCCAUCUUCACAUCAAACGGUACCAUACCAUCGGUCCCCCGACACCUCCUCUUACCCCGGAGUCCCGAGUCGACCAAUCGUUACUGAGGUAACUAGUGACACUGCCCACCUGUCCUGGACUGCAAAUACAAAUCAUGGUGACUCUCAAGUGUUUGCCUUCAUCGUGGAGUACUUCAGCUACGAAACUAUGGAUGGAUGGAUGGUGGCGUCGGAUAUGGUUCAGCAGGAAUCAUUCACGAUAACUGGCCUGCAGCCCGACACCAGCUACCUGUUUCUAGUUCGGGGCAAGAACUCACACGGAAUUGGCCUUCCAAGUCAAUUGUCGGACCCCAUCCGUACCAGACGUCUACCUAGAGGAGAGAAGCAGGAUGAAAACUUCAGUGGGAUCAUAGUGCAGAUGAUGGAAGGUGUGACCAUCAACUCUAGUGCUAUCCGUGUUACGUGGCGGGUGCUGAAAGAGGUAAACAUGAUCGACCGAUUCGUAGUCCAGUAUACAGAGAUCCUUGAGCUACAGCGACUGUUUCGUGGCAAAUCGUACCGGCAAACAGUUGGUACAAUGUAUCGCGCAUUUACGCUGAGUCACCUGAAGAGCUCAACAUGGUAUGAGGUUUGUGUUAUGGCGUACUACAACGGUAAUUCUCACACACCUUGUAGUACACCACUGAAGGUCCAGACAUCGGAGUCGCGCCCCACUGCCCCGCCGGAGGACAUUAUUAUCCACAAAGAGAGUGAUAGUAGCAUACACAUCCAAUGGCUUCCUCCGCCCAAAAGUCACCGUAAUGGCGAAAUUCGUGGAUACGAGGUGGAGUGUCUGAGUUCGGACAAUAAACACAACUGCAGCAUACGAGUGAAUGGAACUACAAACCAGGCAACUAUAAAGAGACUGGACGCCGACAUGACGUACACGAUCAAGGUAGCUGCUCGCACUAUCAAAGGCGCUGGCGUCUGGAGCAAGGCGUUCAUCGUCGGUCCCGAACAGCCUAGUAUUAUGAAGGAGACGUGGUUCAUCGGCAUGCUGAUCGGAACGAUAGGGGGAACGCUGUGGAUCGCACUGUGUAUUUUCAGCGUCUGGCUUUGUCGUAAACGUUCAAAUAAGAAAAAGAUGAUGAAAAACGGCAUGUACAGUGUUCCAAUGCACAAACCAGAGGACACCAAAACGUGCAACUCUUUCUACAGGAAUGGUUACGGACAGAAAGAUAUCCACAACUGUGUUGGAGGUAUGGGUUCCCCAUCUCCUGAGGCCUCCAACCUACUUGACCAAAAGGAUAUGGAACUACAGGACCAGAAUAUUUAUAAUAUUCCUCAAAUGAAAACAUUCUACCACAAAAAGGACCCAGUUGCACCGUACGCCACAACCACACUAAUAAACGCUGGCCUGAUCAAUGCUGGAAGCAUGGGACGGCCAACCCCCGGAAUGGACCACAUGUUUCGUCCAAUCACGGGGACCAGUGGAGGGUCAGGUGACAGCUGUUGUAAACACGAACAUGGCAGCAGCGACUCCAAUACAGACAACAGUCGGCCAAACACAGGUAUCCCACACGACCACAGUGAUGCCAUGCAGAGUCCGACAAGCGACAGUGGCAGCCAUACGACAGAUGAAAAUGGAUUACUGAUCAAGAGAGGGAAGAAAUCUCAGAAACAGAUGGCCCAGCCCAAACAGGCAAUGGUGAACUGGGCUGAAUUUUUACCUCCACCUCCUGAACACCCUCCCCCUAAUGAAGUGGGACAUCCGGGCAAUCUUGUCAUGAACGAGAACCCAGGUAACAACCUUGAAUAUGCGGAAGUGAGCUCUGAAAGAGCUGGAGGGACGCGAAGUCCCAUUUCUCCGAUGUCUAAAAUAUCCUCAUGUUCUUGCCCAGUACCACACAACGGUACUCAGAACUGGAAUGUCCCAGCUUAUUCAGACAAUGGCUGUGUGCGCUGUAGCUCUCCGAAAUACUGUGAGAGUUGGCAUUAUAACCCAGCCCACUAUAGUGUUAUCCAACAGCGUACACAAUCGCCCCGAAACGCGGACACAUGGGGGCAAAGAACAAUCGCGUGUAUGCACCCGUCCUCACGGGGAACACCCGUGGACAUGAGAUGUGCGCGGACCUGUCAUAGUGAUCACGAACAGGCCGCCAUGCCUGCGUUACAUAAUUACAAGAUAGCACCCGGACCCAGGGAUGCAGAGUGUUACCAGUGCUUGAGUGACAGUGACCGGGGGUCAGGGGGCUACCACACCCUCAGGGGGUGCAGAAUGAACAGUAUUCAUGGAGGUUCAGGUUCUGAUGGUGGGGGCGGAGGCACAGCAAUGGACCGUGCCUGUCAAUCAUCUUUACCAAGUGUAGCCAACGAGUGUAUACACCCGGCCAUGUACCCUCCAAGGUAUGAAGUGACAGAUAAUGGACAACAUUUGAGUUUAGCCAUGGAGGGCUAUAACAGGAAUGCUGACUCCCCAACCUCUGAGGGGGGUCUCGACUAUGUUGGUGAGUCAGAUGUGGAGGUCUCUGGGCGAGUACCCCCAGGCCACGAGUGUCAGUCCCCUCCCCAGGGCAAUGAGUGUCACCAUGAGGGGAUGGGAAUUAAUGUUGAAGACGGCUGUAAUGACUCAGGGUCAAUGUUAGCCUCAUGGGCCAGCGUGACUGACCAGAGUAACACAGAUUGCAGUAGUGUGCGGUCAAGUGCAGCCAGUUCAAGUGACGGGUCUUUCCUUACUGAGGCCGACUUUGCUAGUGCUGUGGCCAAAGCAGCUGAAAUGUCGGGUCUCACUGUCGUCGGUACGACUGUCUGUGAUCCUAAAACAGGAAAACCAGUGAAGAGACAGCGGCGCCACCACAGGACGGCGCGUCCUAGUAGUCCCUAUAGUACCGAUAGUAACUUCAGCGCAGUCGUACAUAAACCCUACCCCAAGUCACAACGAAAGAAACAGCUAGUAGAGCGAGGAAAGCGUGGAAGUGAGAAAAAACAUGACCCCUCCCCUAUCCCCGAGGGUCAGGUCACACGGCAUGGUGUCCAAGAAGUGCCUGAUCCCAUACCUUACCAUAAGCCUAGCUUUCCUUCGCCUCUCCCUUAUAAAUCACCACGACCUGGGCACAAGUCCCUCUCCCCGACCUCCUCGGUCCGGUCGCCCCGUAGUCCCGGGAACCACAGUGCCCUGAACUUUGGUGCUCUGGUUAUAGAAAGUAAUGUACCUGUGGUGUAGCCAACGUCUGAGAUAGUCAAGCUAUUCUAGUCAUCUGAGGUUGCCAUGGUUUACGCAAGCAAAGGUGUGUCUGUGAUAAAUUGAAUAUUGUUGCUGUUCUACAAAGGAUCGAGGAAAUCCAACCGCAAUUUUGUGGAAACUUUUAUGUUGUGUGUCACCUGACUGAGUGUAAUGGACAAUCCAUGGAUUUAUUGCACGACAAGUUUUCGAAAGGUCAUCCCAGACCUGGAGUCUCCGUGGCGAUUUUGAUGAGGACAUUUUGGCCCUUGUACAAUAUGGCCAUACGUGUCAUUGCUGUUAGAAGGAAAUCCAGUCUCUCCAGACCUGCCGUGUUAUCCACCAAAUCUUCCAUGCAAAUCAUUUUGCUAAAUUGAACCAUUUUCACUGUGAUGCGAUUUAGUCCUAGUGCAGAAAAAAAACAUUGACUGGCUUUGAUUAUUCUAUAUUGUUUGUGAUAUGCCAAAGACUAAUGGUCAGCCAAACUUCUGCCAAUCUGACCAGGUUUGGCUGAACAGUCAGCCAGUUUGACCACUUGUUGGCCAGUACAUUUCUAAAGAAGAGGAAGAAAUAUGUAUUAUUUUCAUCGUUGUCUUCCCACAGUUUGUUAACAAACGUUUGAGUGGAGAGAACUACACCUGUUGUCAUGGUGAUGAACAAGAUCUCUCUUUGAGCAAUACAUAAGAACGACUUGGAUGGUUGUCCAGAAUAAUUACUUGGUCAGAAAGGCCUCUACAUGGUACUACCUCCGUGUUAGUUCCAAGACUUAUCCGUGUGGUGGCCAGUUAUACCAAAGCUGGUCCAGAAUAGUGUUUAGGGUCCCCAGGGCUAGUCCCUUUGGCGGGCCCAUUAUCUCAAGGCUGGCCCCUGUGUUGGACCCGUUAACUUCAGCUAGUUCCUGUGGUCGACCUGUUACUCAAAAGGCUGGUCUGUGCUGUGGGCCCUUUAACCCUGGGACUAGUCCAUUUAGGGCCCUUAGGUUUGGUCCGUGUGACUGGGCAGUUUAUUUUGUGACUGCAGCUAUGUGCAGUGGACAUACAUGUAGGCUGUACCAAGGCUGCAUGGUUAGCCGGACGCGAGCGAUUUUGCAAUACUAUAUAUAUAUAAAGUGCAAGCAAUAAGUGAAUGAUAACUGGACAAAUAUGAGGACUUUAUGGACAAAUUAUUAUUGUCCUGUUACCAUGGUGAUAUGUUAUAAUUAUAGAUGUCUGAAGGUCAUGUGAUGUUUACCUGCCACAGUGGGUCGUGCCAUCUCAUUCCUCAGUAGGGGUGUAAGGUGGUCCAAAGAUCAUGUGAUGUUUACCUGCCACUGGGUUGUUCCAUCCCAUUCCUCAGUAGGGGUGUGAGGUGGUCAGUAUACUGCCAAAUUGAGUUAGGAGUUUGUAUGUGUUCCUCCUAUAGGCACCAUGUGCUUUUCUGUCUGUCUGUCUGUCUGUUGCAGUAUAUUAUGCACUUGUUAUAAUACAACGCUGGAUUUGCUGGUAGACAGAUAAUAAAACUAUGUAGAUCAUUUUAACAUGGCAGACACUUAUUGUUGAGGUGAGGAUCACAAUUUCCAGAAUUUUUAUUGGAAAAAGUCCUUUGAAUAUUAAAUAUUUGCAUAAUAUAUGUAUAUAUAUAAAUACAUAUAUAAAUAUAAUAUACAUUUAUCUUCUGUAGCCUGUUCCUCCUCUCAUCAAAUAUUGGAACAUUCCAUUGCUUGGUGGAUCGUUCCAAUAUUUAUGUUUUGGGGGAGUAUUUAGUGGUUACCUGUUAGAGUGUUAUAUAGAUCUAUACAGUAAUGUACUUUCAGGAUUUUAAUUGUCUCCCAAGUUUUUUUCUAUCCAGAAUUGACAUCAGUUUAAUACAACUUAUCUUUCUUUUGAUGAAGGAAUAAGAAAAUAUGUUUUUAAAUAUAAGAAAGAAGUUUCCCUCCAGAUGGGUCUCUGAUAGCUAUAGUUUGUGUGAAUGAAAUCGCAAUGCAGGAGAGAGCGUGAGAAGGAGAUAGAGAGAAAGCAGGGAGAACGCGAGGAAGAGAAUUUAAAAUGGUGCUUAAUGGAUAGCGAUUAUGUAUAACAUAUUAGUGCAUUUGCUGUCAUUUUUGGCUUUAAUUGAUGUUACCAUGGUAACUGUAUCAAACUCAUUCCAUUCUAGGCAAUAUACACUUGAAUACAAAUAUUGUAGAGUUUAUAGAUGGGAUGAAAUGUUAUGCCUGCCCUUGGCCAAAGGGAGAUAAUUCCCAUGAAACCUGUAUCACCAGACACUCAGCAAUAAGUGUGUUAUUCCAGCCAUUAUCGUGUAUUGAAGUUGGUCAUCAUAUAGAAAAUUAAUUUAUUUAUGGAUAAACUGUAUAUAGAUAUCUGUUAUUGUAUAUAACAUAAACUGCUGCAUACAACCAUGUCCUCAGUUUAAAACUUUUACUGUACUCGGCACUCUUAGGCAUAUUGCUUACAUAUUUAACAGGUCUGCAUUCUUAAAAAAGGAUUUUUUUUUUCAUUAUGUACCAGUUAAAUCCUAUACAAUAUUAAACUGAUAGGGAUGUGUUCUGACCAGAAAUAGAAUAAAUACUUUAUUUGUCAUAACUACCGCCCUGGAAACAUGAAAACAAAAUUUAGGUGAGGAAAAAAGUAAAAGAAAUGUCAAUAUAUUUUUUUUUUUUAAAUGUUGAAGUCAUUCAAUUCAUGAUGUUUGUUCCAGUAGCCUAAAUAAAAGCCAGUUAAUUAUGCAAGUUUUUUUUUUAUCUAUUUAGCUGUUCUUUACUGAUUUUGGAAUUAUUCACAAUUAUUUUUCUUGAUAAUAUGAAGGGCACUCAAUAUUUAUGGCAAAUAUGGUAGAUAUUUAUUUUUUCCAGUGCUUUUUAUAAAUUAAUGUUUGAUAUAAAAACUUUUCUAUCGUCAGCAGUACAACUUUUGUAGAAAUAGUAAAUUGCAGUGAAUUUUGUUGUUAAAUUGGCCUGAUAAAUGGAGUUUCAAUAUGUAACAAUAAGGUAUACAAUCUAUUGUUAACAGUAUAGACUGGGCGAGGAUAUAAUAGGCCUAUAUAUGCUUUCAAUUAUGUGCAAUAUUUUAUUUUGCUCAACUUAACCCUGUUCGGUUCUCUAUUUGUUAAUUUAUUUACCAGUAGAGUAGAAAUUCUGUCACUGUUCUGUGCUGCGAUCCCGACUUCAAGGGUCACCAUGACCAAACAUGCAACCAAAAAUAAAAACACUUUCUUGAAUCAUUUGUUAAGACAUUUGCCUCAGGAGAUGUCUUAGUAUUGUAGAAUCAAUUUUGAUAUAAAUCAUUUCCAUUAAAAUUCAGCGUUUAAUGUAAAAUUCAGGGCUGCUUGUGUGUUAGGGAAGAAAGCAAUUGUACUUUUGUUUUUGUUGUUUAUGUUAUGUUGAAAAUGUGGAGUAUAAAAGUUAAAUUAAGUCCCCAAGUCAGCCAUUUGGUGUAAAUCUGUAUCUCAAGGUUGUUUGUAAGUAUAGAAUAUUACUGGACACGUGUAGUGCUCCUUUGCGAUGAAGAUCUGUGGUUAAGUUGUUACUAGAUACAGAAUUUACAAUUCUUCAUGAUCAUUCAUGUCAUUAAAAAUAUCAUGUUCAGUCAAUUUCUCAUCAAAUAAAAAUAAAUAUCGCUAAAGCUAUA